AUGUAUGCCACCAUCUCAGCUACACUGGGCCACCAGCAGCUCUACUGGAGCCACCUGCGGAAGUUUGGGCAAGGCUCCCACUCCUGCCAGGUCUGCUCCAACCGCCAUGGCCUGAUCUGCAAGUACAGCCUCAACAUGCUCCACCAGUGCUUCCACCAGUAUGUCAAGGACAUCGGCUUCAUCAAGCUGGACUGA